CUAAGUGUUUACAAUGUGUUUCUUUAGCUUAUGUUUAUCGAUGUUUGAAUAAAGUUUUUCAGAGUUAAACAUGGCCGCUUCCUUGGCGCGCUGCUCUUAGUUUCAUAACAAAGUCAUUUUGAUUUCUGCUUAUAAAAGAAAUAAUAGAUGACGAUUUUUCCUCCAGGCUAAAGAUAUUUGCUCUGUGUGAAGUGAGGAUGAGCCGCUCCACCAGCCUCCUGCAGCAGAUGACAGUGUUUGUGACAGUGGGGACCGGCGGUGGCUGUGCUAUGAUGUAUUACCUCAUGCAGAAGAAUUUUGCAAAAUCAGAGCAUUACCGUCUGGCCAUUGAACAGCUGAACAAUAAUUCCUCUGCUAUGGCCAGUCUGGGCGCUCCUCCUCUGAAGAUACACAAUAUCCAUUUAUCUGACCGACACAACCGCAUUGACCACAGCAGCGCUCAGCUGAAGAUCCCAGUUACCGGGUCAAGGACUGGAGGUUAUCUCUACACAACUUCCACCAGAGACGCUAUCAUGAACAGAUGGAAGCUCCAGCAAGUGUUUCUGAAGCUGAGAGAAGGCGAGAUCAUUGAGAUUUUCAACAAGACAGAAUCUGAAGAGUAAUUACUGUACACACAGAAAUAUUUCAUCAAUGUUAAACAGACAAAAAAUGCAAGUGGAGCCUUGGACAGUGAAUAGAUGAUUAAAAGCCUGCUUUUUUAAUUAAUGCAAUUAUGGCAUUCACAUAUAUUUGUUUACUUGAAAUGUUCAUAUAUUUGUUUGGGCUGUAUGGAAGCUGUGUCAUGUGAAGCACUUUAUUUUGCGGCAGCUUGGACAUAUAUUUUUUUGUUGUUGCUAUUUUAUAACAAUUCUACUAAAUGAAAUGUAUGCAGUCAUCAUUUAAAGCAGGUCUGAUCAUCUUAUUGUAGAAAUAGGGUUGCAUAAAAUAAGUCAAAAGAAUAAUAACCUAAAUCUGUUUGACGUACCACUAUAAAAUGUGUAUGAAACAUGAAUAAUAUAAUUCAGUCCAGCUUGUAAUACCAACACUGUUUUUUUUUUCCCGAUCAUCUGUUUUUCUAUUGAUGUGAUUAUUACUGAUUAGUAUAGUAACACUGUAGUAACUCAACGUUACCAGUAGGUGUCAGUAAAAGAUUAUUAUUCUUUAACCCUUGAAUUUUUGAAGAUUUUCAGAUUUUAACACAUUUGAACAACAAAGAAGUAAAUCCAACUGAAUUUUGUUAUUUGAAUUUUAUCUGAAAAUGUCUUUGUUCACAUGAAAUAAAACUGCAUUUAGCUUGAAGUAU